AUAAAUACAGUGUUUCUAGCCAAGUUGGAAUCAUUAUUUUAGCCAAAUCUCAAUUUUUACAAUUUUAUAGAAGAAUUUACAAUAUAUAUAAUUCCAACUUAAGUAGGCAUAUAAUUUUUAACAAAAUAAACAGCAACACUUUAUCCAACUCAUCUAUACAUUAAAUUUGUUUUGGCAUUACGAACGAAAAAGAAGAAUAUUAAGCGACUCGAAUGCGUAUACAUUUAGCACCUGAUUCCGUAUCAAUUGGCCAAUCAAGAGCGAUUUUUGUUUAAAUAAUUUGCUCUUGGCUAAUUUUCUUAGUGAAAAUUUUGCCAAAUUAGUUUUAUUAAAUAAAAUUAUCGCUUGUACCAAUACUCAAACACUAUUCUCUAAUUUAUAAAGCGAAGUAAAGUGUAGUAGUUACGUUUAAAAAUAACGUCGCCGAAACUUGCCUGUCAUUUCAAUAUUGACAUUUAGAAAUUUACGAAUGUUUACCUCCUGCCGAAAAUGAGAACUUGAAUUCAAAACCACCAACGGAGUGUUUCCCAACACAGUAUACAUCGUACAUCAUCUUAAUUAUGAACGUUACUAAGAAAGUAAUAGAAAAAUAUUCGAAAUUCCAACUUAUAACGAAUGUUUCGGUAUAAAUAACAACAAAAUUCAAGGUUAUGUAGCGGUUCAAAAAAUAAAUGUAUAUCUUUCGUUUAAACCUUAAAAAAAUAUCCUUAUGGAUACUAAUACUAUGUCAGAUGUUCCUAGUAUUGGUUUAUUUCUAUACGCAACUUAGACCUAAUCAACAAACCCCAAAAAAUGGUGUAAAAUUUGUAAAAAACGAAGACUACUUUACCGAUUCUCAGACGACAUAUCAUACGUUGAAAAGCAAUAUCAUACUUAAAACUGUGAGUACCAGAGAAAGUUAUAUUGAUUUUAACUCUAGUUUAUGUUUUAAAAAUGGUACAGAUUUAGAAUCGAUGAAAAUAUCUAGGGGGAUAAAUUGGAAAUGUACUUGCCUUCCUGGGUGGCACGGUAAUGAUUGUGGGUUACCAGAAGUGAUAUGGAGAGCUGUUUUAACAAGUAAAAAACCUUAUAAAAUUAAAGGACCUAGAACAUUUGAAAGGAGAUUAAUUUACCUUUUUAAAGUUGAUAAAUUUUCAGAAUAUAUAGCUGAUUUGAGAAUUAAUGACUUAGGUGCAAUAGUUGAUCUUUUUAUAUUAUAUGAAGACGAAAAUUCGAGCUUUUUGCAACAUAAAUUAGACAACAAAUUCUGUAAAGAACAUCAGCACAAAAUUCUCUACGUUCAAGAUGAUAUCGAAAAUUUAUGGAAAAAAGUUAAAAAUUAUCUAAGGAAUAUUAGAAAUGAUGAUAUAAUACUCUCAAGUGACCUGUAUGAAUUGCCAAAUAAAGAAGCUUUAAAUUUCUUAAAAUUCCAUGAUAACUGGCCACAGCCUAUUAAAUUUAGAUACCGGUGGUCAGUGUUUGGGUUCUUUUGGAAACAUCCUGAAAAAACUAUAAGUGGAGGAGGUGCCUGUACAGUUUCUUUUCUAAAAGAAUCAUUUAAUAAUAAAAUUGCUUUUCUAACAGAUAACAAGACACUUUUUAGUCCUGCUUAUAAAGGUUUGAUGUUGGGAGAUCUAAAUCACUAUGGGGGAUGGUACUGUGAAUACUGCAACGAUCCUGCCAAUAUAGUGGAAUUUUUAUCGACUAAACCGAAAAAUGUGAUAAAUUGGGAUAAAAUAGAUCACCAAAAAAUAGAUAGUAGUUAUAUAGAAGACCUAAUCGAGAACGGGGUGUAUAUAGAUGGUAAAACAGCUCUUACCAGAGCACACAUGUAUCAUGACAAUUAUUUCGCACCAAAAUUUGUUUUAGAACAUAAUUGGAAAUACGACUUUUUGGUCAUAAAUUUUUACUCAAAAGCAGAUUAUUACGAUAUAUGAUAUCUUGCUUUAUAUUUCUGUUCAGUUCAUUAUGUGAUUUAUAAAAGCAACUUGAAGAGCGAAUUUUCAACAACUUCUUAUCUCUUCUUUCAUAUUCAAUUGAUUAUAUUGAAUAUGUAUACUUUGAAUAACUUUUCAUUUUGUAUUGAACAAAUUUUUAUGUUUCUUUCCAUAAUUAUAACUCCCAAGGUAAAUACUGUUUGAUUGUUUUAUUUAAAUAUAAGAUUAUUAAUUUUUUUUGUGUGAGAGGCAAUUUUAGUACUUGAUUUUUUAUAGAAACUUAGUUUGUGUUUUAAUGUUACAAAUAAUGUUGAAAAAAAAUAUUUUUAUGAUUUAGAAAACGUUUUUGACGAUGGAUAUUAUAUAUAUACAUAUUUACACUUCAGGACUUAUUUAUCUUUCCUCAUCGGUCUUUAAUGAUUUCACAAUUUUUAUUUUUGCUUUCCAAUUCGGUCAUACUUCUCUAAUAACAUUCAAAACUGCAUCCAAAUAUUUUUUCUAUUGUUCUCUAUCUUCAAUUACCCAUUCUGCAAAUCUAUUUCCCGACAUCCUUUUAGUAUGCCCCAACCAGUUUUCCAUUAAUUCUUCCUAUUCAAAGUUCUUCACUUGUUUUUAUACCCCCAAAACUUUUUCCUCAAUAACUUCCUUUCUCAUAUAACCAAUUUUCUGUUCAAAUGAUGUGCAAAUGUUCCUCUUCUUUCUGUAAUGAACGAUCCACUUUGAUUCCAGCAACCCUGUUGUUCUUGGCUGAAUUCAUUCAUCAUAUCAUAAGCAUCUCUCUUACAUGAUUCUUCAGAUGAUUAGUAUCAUCCUUGAGUUUUCGAUUGUUCCAUUUGGGUUGUUUUAUUCUUACCAUUGAUAACUUAUCAGAGAUAAUGAUCGGAGUCACAAUUGGGACCUCUUUGGACUCUAAUGUUGGUUAUAGACGUAAAAUGUUUAACCUAUUAACUUUAUCCCUUUCAGGUUAUUUUACAGGUACCAAGGUGUUUUCUCCUAUGUUGGAAAGGUGUGUUCAGUUCAUCAUGGCAUUAUGAAAAAAUGUGAAGAUAUAAGCUUUAAUACAGAACAAACUCUAAUAAUUAUAUCCAUCUACCAAAUUUACUUUAUAUAUAUUUAUAUAUAUAUCGAAUGCUUUCUCGUUGCUUACAUUAAUGCCUACUGCAGAUAACAUGGAGAUUUUUGUGAUAUUUACAAACUAACAAUCCAGUGUGCAGUGUACACUGAUUUGGCCAAAUAUUUACUAAUAAUUGUUAAUUUUAUUUUGUUUGUAAUUAUACGCCAGGUGAAUAAACAAAAUUAUAAUAACUCUAUUUAUUUCUAAUUUAUGAAUGGACCAGGGACGCUAAAAUAAAGAAGUACUAAGAGUACACAAUUGCUAUGCAACCUUUACAAGUUCAUUCUGAACAUUGCAAGUUCAUAGUUACAUUUGGUGGUGGAAUGAUUUCUUCAGUAAACCUAAGAUUAGUUAUUUCCUGGUAAAUUCCCCGAAAUAUAGAGCUAUUUCUAUUUUUUUUUAUUAAAAAUUUCUUUCUCUUCGGUAUAUUCAAGUAUUCAAUGGUACAUGAAGAAAAUUAUCGCAGCCCUUAUGAUAGUCACUGUAUAUAGAUAGUAGCCACAUAUGAACCAGAAAUCUAUACAACAUUUGAAGGACUAAACAAUAAAUGUUGUGUAAAGACAGUAAACUGAAUGUUGAGUUGAAGUAUGUGAGUUAGGUUAGGUUAGUGCAGGAAACCUCCAUUAAUCUCCACAAAAACUUGACUUAUCAUACACCAAAAUAUUCCUCUCGAAUCACUUCAUCCAUUGAUGUAAACUGCAUGAAAAUACAUCUAUUAGUUUUCAAGUUAUGCAAGAAUACGAAUAUACAAAAUCACAGAAGCGGCAUAGAUGUUUGUUUUAUAUGUGGUUAUUUCCACAAAACCUUGACAUAUCAUACACAAAAAGAUUCCUCUCGAAUCACUCUAACAAAUGGUGGAAAUCCGUCCAAUCCUUUCGGAGUUAUGCACAAAUAUACAAAACCCUAAAGAACCAUAGAUAUUGGUCCAUUGUGUUUUCCUUUAUUUUCCACGAUAUGGAAACUUAGCUAACUAGCUAAACAUCAUGGAUUUUGAACACUAUAUUAUUCACUAACUUAAAAGAGACGAUUCCAAGCAUUUAUCAGCAGAUAAAGUGAAUUACAUCAGUUAAUAAAUUUAUUUCAUUAAAACAUUCAUACUCUAUUUAUAAUAUCAGUAUGUAAAUGUAAAUUUAUUUACCUUGAGAUAUCUCUAGCAAACUACACAUAUUAAGCAAUAUUUAUCAAAUUCUAUAUUUUUUACCACUAUAUCGAUUUUGGAAA